CAGAUUAUGAUUGGUAUCUAUCAUGUGCUCAUGUGGUAUUUCCUACUGUUAUUGUAUAUGGGACAAAUAAAAGGAGUAUUUGGAACUUAUGAACCUUUAACUUACAAAACAGGGACGGCCUUGUGGGGAGUUAUUUUUGUCCUUGCAGGAGCCUUAACAGUAAAGUCAGCAAAAUAUCAAAGUGGAUGGCUGUUAACCACUGCCUUGGCCCUGAACAUACUCUGCAUGAUUGUUACACUCCUUGGAGCAGGCCUGACAGUAGCUGAGUUGACUACGUUCCAUUCUGUGUCAUACAGGAAUUACGGACAAGCUAAGCUGGGGAGGGAAGUUUCCCGUAUUUUACUGUUAUCCUACCCCCUGGAAUUUGGUAUUGCACUCACGUACUCCAUCUACAGCUGUUCAAAUUUGGGUACAAAACAUGGUGAAAGUUCAGAAACUGUUACAGACAUCGUGGAGAGCAAUUUUUGA